AUGGACAGAGGGUUCGCCAUCACCUCGGUCCAUCGCAUGAAACGACUGAAUGGCACGCCGAUACCAUUGGUCAUUAUUAUUUUUCCCAAAGCUGAGGACAAUACAGAAAUUCACAUCAUCAGGCAUCUUGUGGAGCUGGCUGUGAAGGUCGAAUCAGAGGAAGCCAAAACAGACAUUGGCCAAUGCUAUCGCUGCACAGUCGAGGUGCAAGGCUGA